AUGCGCGGCCUGAAACCCGAACCCAGAGAGGGCGCCUCAGGAGCUCAGAAGCUGCAGGUUUCUGUCAGCAGCAGCAGCAACAUGAAGGAACAACUCAGGUUCUGGUUCUGGUUCUGGUUCUGGUUCCUCCUGUGGGUUUGUGUUUUCCGAGUCCAACCCGGGUUCUGCUGGCACGACCUGGACAACAGCGAGUACGACUGCUGGCCUCUGGACCGACCCAACGAGUACAACAUGAUCGACUGCGGAGGUCUGCUGAUGUCUUGGGUUCUUCGGCCUCCAGAACUGGUAAAAACCGGUCAGGUUUUCACCGUCGUUUACUCCGUCUCGGCCCGGGAAUCCUUCUACCACUGGGCCGUCCAGAACCGCGUCUUCUCCCAAAGUUCCAUAACGGACGCUGCUUCGGCCCGACGGUUCUGUGAACAGCAAGACUGUCCGACCAGUUGGACCGAGGCGAACGGAGAGAACUGCUGCAUCCAUCAUGCCAACAUCCACUCCUGUCCCAUGGGAUACAUGACUGAGAGCAUCUGUGGCCCCUGGAUUCCUGAUGAUGGUAAAAUCUUCACUCACACCAUUUCCACCACUGGGAAGAUGACCCAGACCAACUGGACCGCCAAGGUGGUUCUGUUCCAUCCGGGCCUGACCUCGCUGAUCGCUCACAUCAGGGUGGGAACCAUGCAGGCGGCGCUGGAGGCGAAGAGCACCGUCCUGCCGGCUGUAGUUUGUGGAGAUAAAACCUGUGAGGACGGAGAGGACUGCUCCACCUGCCCGGCCGACUGCGGCGAAUGUCCCAUGAGUCCCGGCACCAAGGUGGCCAUCGGCCUGCCGCUCGGCCUGCUCUGCCUCUCCUUCAUCCUGACGGCUGUGUGGCUGAGGUAUCAGAAAGAGAAGCUGCUGUGGGACGAGAGCUGGAUCAUCGACUUCUCCACAAUAAAACAAGAUCCGGAGGCUCACCUGACCAUGGGGAGCAUCAUGAGCGUCCCGGCCGGACACGCCGACAGCAACGUCAGCUGUGUGACGGCCAUCAGCUCCUGCACCGCGCCGCCAGCCAGCCGGAGGGCGCCGUUCACCUGCACCGGCAUUUACGACGGCAGAACGGUGGCCAUCAAAAAGAUCCAAACCAAAACCUUCUCUCUGUCCAAAACCAUCCGGCAGGAAGUCAAACAAGUUCGGGAACUCGAUCAUCCUAACCUGUGUAAGUUCAUCGGCGGAUGCGUCGACGUGCCCAACGUUGCCAUAGUAACAGAGUACUGCCCAAAGGGAAGUCUCCAUGACGUCCUGCUGAACGAGGAGAUCCCCCUGAACUGGGGCUUCAGGUUUUCCUUCGCCACAGACAUCGCCAGAGGAAUGUCGUACCUCCACCAGCACAAGAUCUGUCAUGGCCGACUCAAGUCCCUGAACUGUGUGUUGGACGACCGCUGGGUGUGCAAGAUAACAGACUUCGGGUUGAGGAGCUACCGGAGGGACGACGGGGCCGAGCCGCUGUCCUCCUACCAGCGGCGGCUCCUGGACGUCUACAUGCCGCCCGAGUUCCAGACCUCCAGCAUGGAGCCCACACUCGCUGGAGACGUGUUCAGUUACUCCAUCAUUCUUCUGGAAAUAGCGACUCGCAGCGACCCGGUCCCACCUGAAGAGUCUGCCCUGGAGAGCGCCUGGUGUCCGCCGCUACCUGAGCUGAUCUCCAGUAAAGCUGACAACACCUGUCCCUGCCCUGCUGACUACGCUGAGCUGAUCCGUCGCUGUCGCUCCCACAACCCGAUCCACCGACCCACUUUUGAUCAAGUCAAGAAGUUUGUUCACCGGAUCAACCCGAUCAAAGUCAGCCCAGUGGACAUGAUGAUGAACCUGAUGGAGAAGUACAGCAAACACCUGGAGGUCCUGGUGGCUGAGAGGACUCAGGAUCUGAUGCUGGAGAAACAGAAAACCGACCGGCUGCUUUACAGUAUGCUUCCUAAGCAGGUAGCUGAUGAUCUACGUCAGGGGAAGCCAUUACAGGCUCAGAGCUACGUCAGCGCCACCGUCUUCUUCAGUGACAUCGUCGGGUUCACCCAGCUGUCCAGCAGCAGCACUCCCUAUCAGGUGGUCGACUUCCUCAACAAGCUCUACACAACCUUCGAUGACAUCAUCGACAACCACGACGUCUACAAGGUGGAAACCAUCGGAGAUGCCUACAUGGUGGUGUCCGGCGUCCCCCAGGAGAACGGGAUCCUGCACGCCUCAGAGAUCGCCAGCAUGGCUCUGGAUCUGGUCGCCGUCUGUCGCACCUUCAGGAUUCCCCACAAACCCAGCAUGCAGCUGCAGAUCCGGGCUGGGAUUCACUCCGGUCCGGUGGUGGCCGGAGUCGUUGGGACCAAGAUGCCUCGGUACUGUCUGUUCGGAGACACGGUCAACACGUCGUCCAGGAUGGAGUCCACCAGCCUGGCCCUGAAGAUCCAGUGCAGCUCCAGCGCCUUCUACCUGCUGGAGGAGAUCGGCGGCUACGUGUUGGAGUGCAGAGGAACGCUCCAGGUCAAGGGGAAGGGAGACAUGGUGACGUACUGGCUGGAGGGGAAGAAGACGACUGAGCCGGACGGCAGGGCGGCCAAACCGAACACGGAACCAGAGACGGAUCCGUUCCCGGUGCCGGGGUUCGUCAGCGACGACCUGCUGAUGGAUCCGGCCUGAUCCAGAACUUCACUGCAGACGGUCCGAGUUUAAAACCGGCAGGUUCUGUUCACAGGCCGUGAAACAGAGACGAGAGGAAAAGUCUAGAAUCUCAUGUGAAUUUAUUAAGUUAAUUUGUCUGUUUAUUAGGGCAAAACAUUAUGACCAGGAUAAAAAAUAAAAUCCAGAGAAUAAAGUCAUAAAAUUACCAGGAAAUAAUAAACCACAAAAUAACUUCAUUCCUCAUUUUACUGCAGAUCAAAGUUUCCAUAAUAAUAUAACUUUAUUAUUAUUAUUAUUAUUAUUAUUAUUAUUAUUAUUAUUAUUAUAU